CGUUCGAUGUGCAAGAGCCGUUAUUGUAACCCAGCGUUCCCAGAAAUUCGUUUAUUGACAACCAAUCAGUGUUUCCGGCGAGGCCGUCGUUCGGCAACCGUAACCUCAGAAAUAAUCAGAAAUAAUGAUUGUAGAAUGUAGCUGGUCUCAAUUGUGCGUCCGUGUGUAAUCGAAUUGUUACGGUAUGGCUGAUGCGGGCCUAAGUUUAGAUGAUAUAAUUAAAAAGAAGAAAUUUUCCGGAACGAGGGGCAGAGGAAGAAUAAUGCACAGAGGCAUCGGUAGGAGCAUACGCCCGAAUGGUUCGAUUAGAGGACGUGGACAUAUGAAAGAUGCGCGGUUUAAGAUAAUAGAGAAAAAUCGUGAGAAACUGACCGACGCUAGGGACAAGCUCGCGGAAAUAGCAAAGCAGAGCGAUGCAAGACUCAAAUUGGACAAAAUACGUGCUUCUCAGCAUAAGAAGAUAAAUGCACAAUUUCCAAAACUGAAUCGUACCGAUCGAAUUUCCUUAUCCACGAAUAAAGCGCCACCAUUAAUGUCACACACAUUUUCCUCAAAUAUGCCAAAUAAUUAUAUGCAACCUCCAUCCAGAACAACAGGCUACAGACCACCACCUCCUCCUAUAUCUGAUUCUCAUUAUUUAUCAGACAUGAGUAUGGAUUAUACUCAUACAGAUGACUAUUUAAUGGAUUCUUCUUCGUUGCGAAGAACGGUUAAUAACGAGUAUGCACCAACGCCGCCGCCUCCACUUCCUGUGUUCAGUAUUAAUCCAACUUACAACUGGGUGAAACCUGCAAGCAGUAACACAGCCAGGAUUCCAGUUCGAAAAUCUGAAAUAGAAAGGGAACGAGACAGACAGAGAGAAUAUAAACUUACUACACGCUCUAUGAUGGCUCCUCCUUACAAGGAAGAUUGGAGCUUUGGCACAAAGUCAAGAACAAUUGUAGUAGAAGAAGCAGCAGAUUCUAAAUAUUACGAUUACAGAAAUCCUCGAGAUGCAGGAGUUAAAUCGCGUCUCGACUCGUCGGUAAAUAAAUUAAAAUUAUCGCCCACUGUAUCACGGCCGAAAGCGAGUUCCAGUUCGUCGCCUCAAUCGCCAGGCUAUAGAAUUGUUGUAUCCAAUUUGCAAGCAAACGUUACACAAGAGGAUAUCAAGGAGUUAUUUGAAGAUGUUGGAGAGUUACUCGUGUCGAGAUUAGUACGACCAGGAACAGCUGAGGUAAUCUACAAGACGUUGAAAGAUGCGACUAAAGCAGUCGAGACUUAUCACAAUCGGCAAUUGGAUGGUCAUCCAAUGAAAUGUCUUCUGGUUAAUCCACGAUCAAAAAAUAAUCCAACUGGACCAGCUGUUCGAUCUGUUACAGAAUCAAGGCGCAGUGUAAGCUCUAGUUACGUACAACCGAGUUUAGGAGCAGUGCAUCGUGCAUUAUUCGAUGUUUCUUAAUUGUAUGUAUCUUCUUUUGGUAAAGUGAGAGAAAUGUAAAGGAAUGGACGCAAUGGAACGCAGUGUAAUCAAGUGUAAUGAAAUAAUGACGAUAGAAGAAAGCGGUCGGGAGAUGACAAAAUACACAAUUUACAAUUGCGCAUUUACAAUUGCGUGCAAAUUCAAAUUCUCAACUGCAGAUGUAUUGUAAUAAACUUGUACCACUUAUUAUUAUCUUUAAUCUGUACGGUUUAUACAAUCAAUUAAUACUAAAACAAUACACUUGCGGAUUUCUUCAUCGAUUUUUAAAUAAUCGUUUUUCCCUUUAUAUUUUACGCUAUUAGUUCCUUGCGACUUUAUUAUAUUCCAGAAUGUAUUCUUUAGGUGUGAUGAUAAGUUACGCUAGACGUACACGAUUAUAAAAACAAAUUAGGUUUGUCUUUUGCCAGACUUUCUGAAAGAUUUAAUAUAUAAGGAACCUAGAAAUAAAUUUACAUUUAUUAAAAUGAAAUUGCAUAUAAAUCAAGGCGCAAAUUGCUUCUUGUACAUUUAUGUCCGAAUAAAAUAAUUCCUGUGUACUCAUGAAACAAACUUUUGAAUGAC